CGAGACCCUCCCGUUUUCUCUCCUCAGCGAGGACGACGUUUUCCAUCCAGACCAGAAGGGAAAAAAACAGCAAAAAGAGGACAACCACCAGACCGGGGGUUUGGCUGGAAGAAAAAAAAAAAAAACGGACGGAACCUUUAGCUGCUUUACCGGGAUAAAACACAUAUCGCAGGCGGAGAUAACAGCAUUCUUCACCGGCGCUUCCUUUACGAACACAACGUUUUCAGACAAAGAGUGUUGGCGAGCUUCUAGGAAGGUCAGACGUUUACUACUGGAGCCACCAGGCUGAUCACCGACUAGAAGAGGAUGUUGCUCUCCUGAAUCCCACCCGCUCACAACCCCCUCCCCCCCCCCAUCCCCCUCCCCACCCCACACCCCCCCCCUUCAUCCACCAAACCACCGCCUCCAUCAUGAACCACACCCCCAGCCCCCACCUGUCGGACGGCGGUAAGUCGGCCGGAGGCGGCCUGCUGUGCAGCCUGGGCCUGGGGUCCGACAGGGGGAUCCGCUCCCCGGACAGCUUCACCCACACCCCCAGCCCCACCGGAGAAACGCCCAGCUCCAGCCCCCCGCUGCUGCUGUCCCCCGGGCUGGGAGGCUUUGGCCUGGGGUCCCUGGGGGCCAUGGGCGAGGGAGCCGGGGCCGACUGGGAGAGCAGGGAGGAGCUGAGGCUCCGGGAGCUGGAGGAGGCUCGGGCCAGAGCCGCCCAGAUGGAGAAGACCAUGAGGUGGUGGUCGGACUGCACCGCCAACUGGAGAGAGAAGUGGAGCAAGGUCCGCGCCGAGCGUAACCGCGCACGCGACGAGGUCCGCCAGCUGAGGCAGCGGCUGGACACCCUCACCAAGGAGCUGACCAGUGUUCGGCGCGAGCGGCAGGAACUGGCUUCCGAGAACGAGACGCUGCGGCUGGAGACGCUGCGUCUCCACGGCGGCCACACCGCCGACGCUCCUCCUCCGUCGGCCACUUCUCCGUCCUCCUCCCCGGCACACCCUCGCGGCGGCGCUUCCUCCUCCUCCUCUCCAUCCAUACCUCCCUCCUCCCCCGCCUCCUCCGCCUCCUCCUCUCAGGUCCACGCCGACGGGAAGCUGGACGGGGUGGACCGGGUGGGGGAGGGACCCCCGGGGUCUCCAGAGCCAGAGCCGGUGAGGGACGUGGACUUGGACAGACAAAAAUUGGCUCAACAGAAGGACCUGGAGGUGCUGGAGUCGGUCCUGCGUUCCCGGGCCCCGGACGGUGACACUCAGGAGGCCUGGGCAAUCACCUCGCGCUCCUCCUCCGGUCCCAGCCGGCAGGAGCGCAGCAGGCAGCUGUGGGAGGACAUUAGCACGGUAGAGGAGGACACCAGCAGACUCAACGCCCUGCAGCUUCGCCUGGAUGAGUCCCAGAAAGUCCUGCUGAAAGAGAGAGAAGACAAGCUUGCACUGAGUAAGAGCAUCGAGAGGCUGGAGGCUGAACUCGCUCAGUGGAAAUGUAAAUAUGAGGAGCUCAGCAAGACCAAACAGGAGGCCCUCAAACAGCUGAACCUGCUGAAGGAAAUGCACCAGGAUGAACUCGGCCGCAUAUCUGAAGACUUGGAGGACGAACUGGGAGCCCGAACCAGUAUGGACAAGAAACUAGCUGAUCUACGUACUGAGAUGGAGAGGCUGCAGGUGGAGAACGCUGCGGAGUGGGGGCGCAGGGAGCGCUUGGAGACGGAGAAACUUGCCCUGGAGAGGGACAACAAGAAGCUGCGAGCUCAGGCUGAAGACCUGGAGGAGCAACUGGCCAAGAAGCGCCGGCAGGCUGCCUCGGCACUCGACAUCGACCUCAAGGCCAUCCAGAGCGAGCUGUUUGAGAGAAACAAGGAGCUGGCCGACCUCCGCCAUGUCCACGCUAAGCUGAAGAAGCAGUACCAGGAGAAGACGGCCGAACUGGUCCACGCCAACCGGAGGGUGGAGAGCCACGAGGCCGAAGUCAAAAAGCUGCGACUGAGGGUGGAGGAGCUGAAGAAAGAGUUAGGCCAGGCAGAGGAUGAGUUGGAUGAGUCCCAUAAUCAGACCAGGAAGCUGCAGAGGUCUCUGGAUGAGCAGGUGGAGCAGACUGAGAACCUGCAGGUACAAUUGGAACACUUACAGUCAAGACUGCGGCGGCAGCAGCAGAGUCCUGGUCUGUUUGGGAAAAUGCGAUCAGCUCGAUUCAGUCCUGAAAACCCAGACGGUCCGACCAGCGACAUGGACGAGGAGGAGGAGGAGCUGCAGCUCCAGAUCCCAUGACACACACACACACACACACACACACACACACACACACACAGUGAUACAGGAUAUACUUUUACACAAACAUAUAGAAGUUGAAUACUGUUGCUCUUGGGGGGAAAACUUUGUAUCUCAAGAAAUGGUCACAUUAGUUCUUAAAAGACCACUCCAACAUUAUGGGAGAUAUUUUACCCAGAGUCGGACCAAAAGGUCAAUAUCACUUGUAGCUCUGUGCAUCCACGCGUCCUUGUUGGAUGCAAAUGUUAGGCGAUUCAUUGCUGCUUGCAAUAAUCAAAUUAUCAUCAAAAAACAAAUGAACAAAAAAAAGCAAAGCAAGCCUUCUCGAACAAAGAGAC